UGCAACCAAUGGAUCUGGGCUGCAGUGUGCACUAACAGUACACAGCACCAGCAAAAAUCAUUUGUGUGUGUGUGUUUUCUUUCCUUAUUAGUGGACUUAUUCAUCUUGACAGGGGCCAUGGCCUUCUUGGGAACAGUGGUGCGGAGGGUGACGGCAUGCCAUCAGCACUUCUCGCCCCUCUGCCGCGCCACCACCCGCUGCUACACCUCCCAGUCUACACACACCACAGAGAAGAGUGUCCCUUAUGAGAAAACCCUCAAACAGGAGGAUGGCAUCAGUGGGCCCACCAAACCACUGCCAAAGUCUGCAGAUGUUGUGGUGAUAGGAGGAGGAAGCCUGGGUUGCCAGACCCUCUACCACCUGUGUAAAAUGGGCAUGACCAAUGUGGUUUUGCUGGAGAGGGACAGAUUGACUGCAGGCACCACCUGGCACACGGCGGGUCUUUUGUGGCAGUUAAGACCAAGUGAUACUGAGGUGGAACUCUUGGCUCACACUCGCAACGUGAUCAGCUCAGAGCUGGAGGAGGAGACGGGACUCGAGACGGGCUGGAUCCAAAAUGGAGGCCUGUUCAUCGCUUCCAACAAGCAGCGACUUGACGAGUACAAGCGCCUCAUGUCGUUGGGUAAAGUGUACGGCAUUGAGUCAUACGUCCUGUCGCCGGCUGAGACUAAAGACCUGUAUCCUCUGAUGAAUGUGAAAGAUCUUUAUGGCACACUCUAUGUGCCUAAAGACGGCACCAUGGACCCAGCUGGCACCUGCACCACCCUCUCCAGAGCGGCCACGGCACGGGGUGCCACUGUGAUCGAGAACUGUCCAGUGACAGGUGUCCAGGUUAAGGUGGAUGAUUUUGGUGUGAAGAGAGUGAAAGCUGUAGAAACUGCUCAUGGGACCAUCCAAACUCCAUGUGUGGUGAAUUGUGCAGGUGUCUGGGCCACUAAGCUAGGUAAAAUGGCAGGUGUCAAUGUUCCAUUGGUAGCCAUGCAUCAUGCUUAUGUUGUCACAGAAAGAAUCGAGGGAAUUCAGAAUAUGCCCAACGUCAGGGACCAUGAUGCAUCCGUCUACCUCCGUCUCCAAGGUGACGCUCUUUCUGUGGGAGGCUACGAACAGAACCCUAUAUUCUGGGAUGAUGUGUCUGAUAAGUUUGCCUUCAGCUUGUUUGAUCUGGACUGGGACGUCUUUAUGCAACACAUCGACGGAGCCGUUAACAGAGUGCCUGCUCUGGAGCAAACUGGAAUCAAAUCCACUGUCUGUGGUCCAGAAUCCUUCACUGCGGACCAUAAGCCUCUGAUGGGUGAAGCUCCCGAAGUGAGAGGCUUUUUCCUUGGCUGUGGCUUCAACAGUGCAGGUAUGAUGUUGGGGGGAGGAUGCGGCAAAGAGCUGGCUCACUGGAUCAUUCAUGGGCGUCCCGAGAAAGACAUGUACGGAUACGAUAUCAGGCGGUUCCACCAUUCCCUGACCGAAAACAAUCGCUGGAUCAGAGAGCGAAGUCACGAGUCAUACGCCAAAAACUAUUCAGUAGUUUUUCCCUUCGAUGAACCUUUGGCCAGCCGCAACAUGAGGAAAGAUCCCUUCCACCAGGUGCUACAGGAGCAGGGCUGUGUGUUUCAAGAGAGACACGGCUGGGAGAGACCUGGAUGGUUCAACCGAGAUGGACCUGCUCAAGUUCUAGAUUAUGAUUACUACGGAGCCUAUGACGUCCCCAAGAACACUGUGAACAAAUACAGCCAGAUACUUGGCAAAGAGUACACUUUUGACUUCCCUCCACAUCAUGAUGUGAUUCGGCACGAGUGUCUGACCUGUAGGAAUGCUGUAGCUGUGUUUGAUAUGUCUUACUUUGGUAAGUUUUACUUGACUGGGCCGGAUGCAAAGAAGGCUGCUGAUUGGCUGUUUACAGCGGAUGUCAACAAAGCUCCAGGCUCCACAGUCUACACCUGCAUGUUAAACAAGAGGGGUGGAGUUGAGUCUGACCUCACCGUCAGUCGUUUGGAGCCAAGCCCCGCCCACCUCCCACUGACACCCCAGUCUAACGGUGAUGCGUACUACCUGGCCAUUGGAGGUGGUGUGGCGCAGCACAACUGGAGCCACAUCCAGUCAACGCUGCAGGACCAAGGUUUCCGCUGCACACUAAUAGACCACACUGAGGACAUGGGCAUGAUCAGCAUUCAGGGACCCAAGAGCCGUGAGCUUCUGCAGGAAGUGUUGGACUCCGACCUCAGUAAUGAUGCUUUUCCCUUCUCCACACACAAGAUAGUGAACGCAGCCGGACACAAGGUGAGGGCCAUGCGUCUGUCAUUCGUGGGUGAGAUGGGCUGGGAGCUUCAUAUCCCGAAAGAGUCCUGUCUGCCCGUCUACCACUCCAUCAUGGCCGCCGGUGCCAGAUACGGCAUCUGUAAUGCUGGAUACAGGGCCAUUGACUCCCUGAGCAUUGAGAAAGGUUACAGGCAUUGGCAUGCAGAUCUGCGUCCUGAUGACACUCCACUGGAGGCGGGACUUGCAUUCACCUGUAAGAUGAAGACCUCCAUUCCAUUCCUGGGUCGGAAGGCAUUGGAGGCCCAAAAGGCUGAGGGUUUGCGCAGACGAAUCGUCUGUUUCACAGUUGAUGAGAAAGUGCCAAUGUUUGGUCUGGAAGCUAUUUUCCGCAACGGCGUUCCUGUGGGCCACCUGCGGCGCUCCGAAUUUGGGUUUGCCAUUGACAAGACUAUUGGCUAUGGUUAUAUUCGCAACCCAGACGGUGGUGUGGUGAGCCCUGAUUUCGUCCGCAGUGGCGACUUCACGCUGGAGAGGAUGGGCGUCACAUACAGAGCUACAGCUCACUUGAAAUCACCAUUUGACCCCGAAAACAAGCGCAUUAAGGGCAUCUACGGCUCUCCACAAGCACACAAGGCCAGAGCGUAAUCGAUCCAGACCUUUAUCCAACACAUCAGCAUCAGCAUUCCUGGACAAAAAAAAAUGACUGUUUCUUCUGGAUUUAUACUUACUGUCUUAAAGGGAUGAUCCGCCAUUACGGAUCAUAGAAGGACAAAGUACUAAUGUGAAUUUUCAAAAAUAAAAUAAACUGGUUAUUCACUGUAAUCGUGUUCAGCAUCUUCCUGUGCCUUAAAGUUCAUCGUUUCCAAAAAGAAAUCUUUCAGAAAAUAAUAUUUUAGUGAGUACACCAUCAUGAGCCUGACUCACUUAUUUGUGCUGGUUUGAAUAUUUGUGACUUUUUUCAUUGAAUAGCUGUGCAUGUCAAAUUUAACAAUAGGGAUAAUGUUUGCCAAAUGGAAUUAAAUAAAGAUAUUGUCUUGAUUUGAAGGUCUGUUUUGUGUACAUGUUACAAAUCAUCUUUUACGCUGUAUUUUCCUGACAGAACGAGAGAAACCGAACGUGAUUUCUGCAUGUUGGGCAAUUAAUUAAAUUCAUAUUUUAUAGUAUUUACCUAUUUUCCACAUAGUAAUAAUUAAUAAUAGUAAAAACUCUUUCUUAUGUCUGAUUUUGAAGCCGACUGCUGUUUAACUUUUUUUGUUGUUUAAAUGAAAAGUGAAAAUCUAAUACAUUUGAAAGAAUUAAACCAAAUUUUGUCAUAUUGUGAAA